CGCGGUGUCAGAAGCGACCGCCGAAGUCGGCGCGACACGAACCUGCCGUAAGCAUGAUCUCUCGGAGGUCCGCCAGCAUCUCUCGGAUCGGCGCUGGGGCCCCCCUGGCGGCACCCCUGGCGCCGCCCCCCAGCGGUUCUGCGCGCCGUGGAGGUGGAGCUUCGAUCCGAGAAAUCCGCGCGGACCUCCAAGAGCUUCUGCCCUUGCCGUACCUUGGUUCGCAUCUUCGCCGGCGGGAGGCGAUGGCGCCCUCGAAGCCGGCCAGCAUGGACAUCGCCGUCGCCCUCUUCGAGAAGGGCUUCACCGAGGACCGCAUCCAGGAGGCGCUCUGCCGCUGCGACAGCGUCGACGAGGCGGUGAGGUGGCUGUCGCCGGGGGGCAGCUCCUCCGGCGCCGCGGCGGCCCGCCCGGCGGCCGCCACGGCAGCGGACGCCAAGGCCGGCGACGCGGCCGCCAGCCUGGGCGCCGUGCCCACGGCGACGAGGCGCCGCCAGGUGCGGAAGGUGGCGUCCACCGACUUCUCCGAGAGCUCGCCGCUGUCCAAGGGCCAGCCUGUGAUCAUCAGCAGUGCCGGCGUCGCGCCCGCGGCCACCUGCUCGCCCACGCCCACCGCGUCCACGGCCGCGGGUGCCGAGGAGGAGGCGGCCUCUGGCGUCUCCGUGGCCUCGCCGGCGGUGGCGUCGAGCGCCAGCGGCGGUUGUGGCCGCGAGGCCAAAUCGGAGCCGAUUCCCAUCGAGCCCCGGGAUGCCAGGGAGUUCUGGAUCAAGGCCAGGGCGAGGUGGCCCUCGCUCGCCAAGGGGAUGCUGCAGGCCACGUGGCCCGAGGAGGAGGAAGCAGCGGGGAGCCCGCACGCGGCGGGGCAGUGGCGCACGGGCGCGGAGGCACCGGCGACCGCCACCGAGGACGACGCCCCAGCGGGCGAGACCGACGCCGAGGCGGCGAGCCCUCGGCCGAGGAAGGAGGCGAGGAAGGAGGCCGACCUGCGCGACGACUCGCAGGGCGGGGGCUCGCAGAAGCGCCCCCCCGCGACGCCCUGCUCCGCGGACACCCAGCAGGCCGCCUCGUCGUCCUCCGCGGCCGCGCAGGACGAGGGGGCGGAGGCCAUCGGCAGCCCCUACGCGAAGGUGGCCAAGCUGCGGGUCAGCCCCUCGUCGAGCCCGCACUCGAUGCGGCUGAACGAGCGGCCCGAGCUCUGCCAGAUCUGCUGCAACGAUGUCCCCGUGCAGCACGCCGUGCGGCUCGGCUGCGACCACGGCUGGUACUGCUCCCUCUGCAUGGUCAGGCACACGGAGGCCCGCCUCUCCGUCGGCGCGGCCAGCGUGACCUGCCCGCAGUGCCUGGCCCCGCUGGCGGAGCGGGACCUGAGGAGGAUGGUGCCGGACGAGCUGCUGGAGCGGCUGCUGGCGCGGAGCUUGGAGCAGGCCGUCUCGUCGGUGGCCGACCUCUGGGCGUGCCCCACGCCGAACUGCCCGAUGCGCGUCGCACUGGAGGAGGGGGAGGAGCCGAAGCUGAAGUGCACGCAGUGCGGGAAGUCUUCGUGCCUCCGCUGCGGCGCGCAACCGUGGCACAAGGGGCUCACUUGCCAGGAGCACGCCGAGAAGAUGGGUGCUCGUAACAAGAAGGCCAGGAAAGACGAGGCCUUGCUGCAGCAGUGGAUAGAGGAGACCGGCACUAAGCAGUGCCCGACGUGCCGGAUGGGGGUGACGAAACAGAACAUACGGAACCAGCAGACGCAGUACUCGGAGUGUCACAAGAUGCUCUGCCGUAACUGCAACACGAAGUUCUGCUUCAAGUGCCUCGCGGUGCUGACGGACAGCUACACGUGCGGCUGCACGAUCAACGCCCACGGCUUCAUCGACCCGCACACCGGCAAGCGCAUGAACCACCUGAAGGCGGCCCGAGGCAGGCCGGCCGGCAAGGCUGCUGCGAAGUGCAAGGCGAAGGGCUGAGCCGGGUCCGAGGAGGCGUUCCGCACCUGAGCGCGGGUAAUCUGCGACAGGCACCCCGGCGCGCCCCAACGGCUGGCGCGGGCCCCUGCGAAGGGCUUCGCUUGCCUACUGAGUAGGCGACUGCCUCUGCUUGCGCGGGCGGAGUGUACAGCAGCG